GUUGAAGCAAACUUGCCGCUUAUUCGUUUAUUCCUCUGGAUGGUUCAAUCCCUACGGAUCAAGCUAUCCUUUUCUUCAAUCUAAGGCCACAUGAGAUAAUUAUACUAGCAUUUUGAGGGCUUAUAAACACGCCCAUUCAGCAAUGGACCGAUCAGACAAACCAAGACGAGAGAUUAAUUGUCCCAAACUCAUAGAGGCCGAGCCAUGCAUCCUCAUUUUCCUAACGAUCACGGCGAUGGGCAAGUGGGCGGUCCGUUUCAUAGGCACAAGUGGAUUCAUAAGCUUCUUGGUGGAGGGAAAGUGGCGGACGUUCUGCUGUGGAAGGACAGGAACUUAUCUGCAGGAGUCCUCCUUGGGGCUACGCUGAUAUGGUACCUGUUUGAAGUGGUCGAAUACAACAUAAUCCCGCUCCUUUGCCAGAUAGCCAUCCUUACCAUGUUGGUCAUCUUCAUUUGGUCAAACGCUGCACCACUCUUGAACAUAUCCCCUCCGAGAAUCCCCGAAGUCAUAAUCUCCGAGCAUUCCUUCCGACAAAUAGCAGAAACCAUCCAUUACAAAUUGGCACACACUGUGGCUGCUCUUUAUGACAUUGCAUGCGGAAAGGAUCUGAAGAAAUUCCUCUUGGUCAUCAUGUCCCUACUAAUAUUGUCAGAGAUUGGAAGUUCUUACAGCUUCACAAGUCUGCUAUAUCUUGUAUUUCUAUGUGCCCACACUUUGCCGGCAUUGUACCAAAGAUAUGAGACAGAGGUGGACCGUCUAGCUGCAAGAGGUAGUGAAGACAUCAAAAGGUUCUACAAGAGGAUUGAUUCAAAUUUGCUCAACAAAAUACCAAGAGGUCCUGUCAAGACAAAAGUUAACUAAAAUAUACUCCCUGAAGAUAGACAUCAUAAUUUGCAAAAGGAUUCGUGAACAAAAUCCCACAAUGUGAAGAAACACUAAUUGAGCUUGAAGAAUUCAGACCUGGCUGCUACUAGCAUCCAAAUGUAUAUAUACUGCAUGGAUAAAAUCAUAUUUUCAUGACUUCAGCAAUCAAUAUGAAAUAAACUCCAAUGCUGUGAUCUCAACAAAGCAUAUCGUUACAUAGAAUUGAAUGGUGUUUUCUC